UACAUCAUCUGGCCGGCAGUGGCUUACAUUGCCAGGCCGGUAGUAGCUAACAUCACCCGGCCGGCGGCGGCUAACAUCAACCGACCGGCGGUAGCUAACAUCACCAGGGCGGCGGCGGCAAACAACACCGGACCCGCAGCAGAGUGACAGACGACGCCGGCAUCAAGCCACCAGAGAAGGUAGGGAACUCAGAAGAUGUGGAAGAGAUCAAGCUGUCGUUGAACUUUCUGACCGGGGAAGUCAGUGUUGUGGCCAAGAAGCAGGCUGAACAGCUUGACCUGAUAAAUGAGGUGAGAUAACUUAAAAAGCUGAUCAAACAAAAAGACAACAUAGUCAGCGCAUUAAGAUUUGGGGAAACACUUAAAAAACAAAUACAAACCCAGUAUUUCUUUUACAAAAGCGAGCCGUAAGAGUCAUCUGCAAUAAACAUUACUGUGAAUCAACUCAUCCCUGAUGUACUUCCUUAAAUUUGUUAAAAUUCAAAGACCUAGUAGAUUACAUCACUGUACAAAUCAUGUACAAAGACAAAAACCUAAUCUUACUGCAACAUGUCCUGAACCUGUUUAAACUGAAGGACUCUAAUUACAACCUAAGAGGCUGAGGAUUAUUUCAGAAACCAAAAGUGCGAACAAAUGUCAAAAAUUUUGUGUGUCGAUGAAACGACUGCCCGGUAGAAAUUAGAAAAUUGUAGUACUCUGGUAAGCUUUAAGAGACUGUACAAGAAUAAUGUUAUUUCUUAAUAUUGUCUGAUUAUGAAUGUAACAUGUAAAGCAUGUUCAUUACUCUAUCUGAUUUGAAGAGUGAAUUGAAGUGUUGAUAUUUUAUAAAGAGAGUGUAUCUGUAUAAUGUACUCCAUGUAUGGUAUAAGGGGAGGAUCUUUAUAAGCAUUGCUUCAGCCUACACCCUUUCGGUCAUAUUAUAUCGAAAUAAAAUCAUUCAUUCAUUCAUUUUCAUUUAAAAGAGUCAAAAUGAAACAAACACUUUUAAAAAUGAAGUGUAUUUAUUAAUAAAAAACAUUUUUAAGAAAUAAAGUCUAGCAAAAACUUAAACAUGGAAGAGUUGGGAGAUUUUUAUACAGUUUCAGCUUUUAGCUAAUGUUACAUUUCAGAAAAAAACUGUUUAUGGCUCAACACAACAACUCAUUUGUGAAUGAACACCAUAAAUGUAAUAUAUUUUUAAAUAUGUUUACUGGCAUCAAAAAGGUAAAUAUAAAAAAGAAUCAGGGUUUAAAUAAAUUUCUGAAUCAUUCUGUAUCACUGCAUCAAACACACUCCAAAGUAUUCCUGAGAAAGUCGGAUCAACAUCAAUUUAAAAACUGAUCAGGUGAAAUACAGUAAAUUAUGUAGAAUGAAAAAGCUAAAAAAUAACAACUUUAAAUGGGAACAAAUAAUAGAUAGAUAUUGAGAAUUUUCAUAUUCUUUGUCAUAACUUGAUGUUUCCAUAUAUAACCAGGAGGACAAAGGUGGUCAGAUGUUUUAAAAGAGGACAAAGGUAGGAUCUACAAAACUAUUGACUUUGUGAAUCACAAAUAAUACAAAACACCUUCUGAGUGUGAUAAAGAAUAUUUGGUAACUCAGUCAGUCAUUGUUCUCGGAUGAUGGAACUGUUUGUCUUCUUCAUCUGGUUCCUCUGGUUGAGGUUCGUUUUCGGCCUGAGGUUUCUUCUGCUCCUCUGAUUGAGGUUCAUUUUCAGCCUGAUGUUUCUUCAGCUCCUCUGACUUGCUCUCAGCCUCUCCUCUUUGUCUCUCUGUCUCGGUCAAGUAUUUACUGAUCUGCUCUUUGUCUUUCUCCAGUUUGCCCUUCCUCUCAGUCAUGGUCGUGAUCAUAUCAUCAGUUUUCUCCAGUAGUUUCUCUGUUUCCUUUAACAUAUCAUCAUGUGUUUUCUUUCUCUUUGCCAGAUCUUUGCUGGCAUCUUCACGCUUUUUCUUUUUGUGCUCUUUGCCUGUUUUUGGGGGUGUCUUCAGUUUCUUCUCGUUCUCCGCUAUCUUCACCAUGUCUGUCUGCUGUAGUAAGAUGAUUUUCUCUCUUUGGCUCUUCAGAUCCUUCUUCUGGUCCAUCAGUUUAGUAAUCACCUCUUCUACAUGUCUCAGUUCCCCCUCAGUCUUUCCUAACUCCUCCUCAAGUUUAGCCUUUGUACUGUCUAAAUACUUUAUCUUCUCAUGGACUGUCACGGACUGAAGUCUAUCUCCUCCUCCACCCAUCAGAGGCUGAAGCUCCAGAACAUUUCCGAAUGACAUCCUCAUGACUUCACCAUCAUGGAUCUUAUCUCCUACAGCAUAUAUGGAGAACAGGGUUCAGAACAAUGGGGCAAAAGUUUGGUGACAGCAAAGCUCCGUUCAAGAAGUUUUGCUGUCCUCUCUUACCUGAAAACAAAACUGAUACUGAAGCAGAACUUGAUUCAACUCACUCUUGUUUGGUCCCCAUUUCCAUAGAAGAAGAACAACAGCAGCGAUGGACAGGACACAGAUGACCACGAUGAUGGAGAUACGAACAGCAGAUUUGGACUGGGUCAUGAGGAGUUCAUCUGAAAUAAAGAUCAUGACAAACUGACGAUUCAAGGAGAAACAGGAAAUCACCAAGUCAAGACUAAAAUACCUCAUGAACCACCUCUUUACCUGGGACAUGGACCUGUGCCUCUCUGGUCUGGUUGAUGUUCCUCUGUUGGACUCUACAGGUGAAGCUGUUGCCAUGUGUGUGGUCCACAGUCAAUUUGCUGCUGACAGUAUAGAGACCAUCAGGACCUUUGACAGACUUCGUAGAUCCAGCAGAGAGAGGUUUGGAUUCCUCAUCCAACCACAAAACCUCUGGCUCAGGAUACCAGGCCUUGGACUUACAGUCUAACAAGACUCGGUUGCCGACUGAAGACAUAUGUAUGAAAGGUGAGGAGACCGAACCUGAGAAGAGGAGAGAGGUUGUCUUAGAUAUGACAUUUGAUGUACUACUUGGUCAGUCUCAAUCCCUGGAGUCCUUCUCAAGUGCAUAGAUGUCUUGUGCAUAGAUGCAGCUCUUGUUCGAACACUUUCUGUGCCAACAUAUUUCUAUUCUUGCUUUUCAAAUACCUUGCUUUGUCAUAACCCAAUAUCGUCUCACUCUGGUGCCCAACGUCUCCACAGUAGUGUCUCUUCUUUGUCAUACAAAUCCAUUCAUUAAUUUCAGAGUAAACUCUUUCUCCCGUGUUUGCAUGUGAAUCAGUGGGUUCUUGUUCUUGUUCUCGCGAUUCCCACUAAUCCGCUACGAAAUUUGCCUCACAAAUUUAUCUGGUAGGAAUUGGCGGACAGUGAUAAUCGCUGCCGUUUCGGUGGAAAUUGGGGGUGACUCUUUAUUUGCACAGACACGGAUUUUCCCAGACAAGGUACACGACCCUACAAGGUUGGUAAACCAGAAUAACCUGUUAAGCAAGAGAAUGAGUUUACUCUGAAAUUAAUGAACGGACUAAUCCGUGCUUAAUUUAUAUGGCAUGCUCUGGCGUCCGGAAAAAAUAGGACUCUUGCGAUCAGCUGUGGAGUUCGCUGAUGGAAAGAAGCCGGUGAAAAUUGACACAUUAACUUGAAUGGAAAUGAUCAGAGACGAUCGGCGCAUACGGCUUUUUUGCAGCAGAUGUGGUGGACAUUGGGGGUUAGUGUAAUGGACUGUGUCAGUAUGUGAACUUACCUACAGUCAGCUGAAUUGUAGAGUCAGUGUCGGUUGUGGGAACGAGGCAUCUGUAUGUUCCUGAAUCAGAGAGCUUCGCUCCGGAGAGUUUCAGUGAAAGGUCUCCACACUUCAGUUUGUCUUCAGACAGCGAUGUUCUCCCCUUGUAUGUCGGAUGUUUCUCAUGCUGGAGCUCUAUGCCUCCUCGUCUGAAGAGGACAAACCUUGGGUCUAGGUCAGGCCUUGCCCACUCCACGGUCAGGUCAGCAGCAUUCCCAGCAGACACAAGGUGACAGGGUAGAACAACAUCGUCCCCGAGCAUUGCCACUGUUUGUUUGGAUGGAGCAGCUGCCUGAGAGUCACCUAAGGGAAAGACCACAACCAGGUUUUAGUCAGAAUUCACACUUUUUCCUCCUCGUUCUGUCUAGUUGAAUGGGGAAGUAAAGGUACCAAACUCUGGACCACAACACCGGUUGUUGUGGUCCAUGCUGGUAUUGUUGAGAUUUGGACAGAACUGCAAGUCCAAAUGUUUACAAGUUGGGGUGACAAGGACUGGCAGAUACUUGUACCAUGAGUCUGCUAAUGUGACGCAACCGCAGAUGUAUGUAGGUACAUGUGAAUUUAACACAAGAACAUCCUGCUCCUGUGUGGCACCCAGCUUCCCGUCACAGCAGAUGUUCAAGACUUUUAUUUUCUAACGAACCAGCAUGGGGUCGAUCGAGGACACAGGGAGUCUGAGUCCAAAACAGUUUUAAAACAUGGUUUCCUUUCAGGAUAAAACACUGUGGAUUGAUUCCAGAUUGUGUAUGACUUAACUACAUGAACUGAACCACACCAGGAGUCCACAGGUCAGAGGUCAAGUAGAAAAAAAGUGAACCUGUAUUUAACCUCGGCAGUGCUGCUCCAUGAUGCUCUCGGGAAAUGCAACUCAUUGUCAGACCAGGAGGCACAUGGUCAAACUGAAUCAGAGACAACCAGAUCACGGCCCUGAUUUAAACCUGCGGUUCCUCAGACUAAAUGCCAGAUAAAUGUCUGGUGAAGACGGCUUACCUACACCUCAGUUAUUCUUAGAUACUGUCAGCAAUCAUUUACAAAGUUAGGUCAACCCUGAAGAGUGCCACCCACUGGUCCACUCAGCCUAUCUCUUCACUUCGGUCUCCCUGCCACGUUGUCUUGUGCGUAAACCCCCGGCACUUUCCCAGAUCCCCCAAUGAAUGAAUGAAUGAAAUGUUCUAGUCUGAUGACGUACUUUGUCAUUAUUUCCACAAACAACAUUUGGUCAGUUGAAGAGAAUUGCGAUAAAACAUCCAAAUAAAAAGUUGUAGGGUAUAUUUUUCAAUCUUAAUCUAACCUACGAUCGAGGUUUUUGUUGAGUUUUGUUCAUCACUUACCUCCACAACACGACAUUAGGAGAAGCAGAGUUAAGUGCAUGAUCGAUGUCCUGAAAUCACUGAGGUGAAGAUUCACGACUCUGUACUUCAUGGAAAUCAUCCUGGAUUUCUGUAAAUGAAAUAAAAUCAAUUGGUGCUAAAAAAAAAGUUCAAAGAUCGUUAUCCGAGGCAGAAGUUUGGACGUAUUCGGUCUUAAAUGAUCUAUGAUAAGUUUCUACAUGUAAAAACUGGACGUACCUGCUGACCGUGUCUCAGAGCUGCUGUAGAGUUACAGGAAAUAAGGGCUGGGUCAAAGUCCAGACAUAAACUGAUAAAACAUUAAACCAUUUGUACUGACACCCACCAACUGCGGCAAACAAAAGCUCAGACUUUAUGACUUUUUAUUGUUCUCAGUGCAAAAAUUACACAUUUACAUCUGUCUGUUUAUUGUGUUAGAACUGAUAAAGUUCAAAAUUCAUAAAAUAAGUUUAACUGUAGAAAACAAACAAAAACAAAAACACAUCAACCUGGUAAGAAACACUUUUGAGUCAAACGUCUAACUAACAUAUCAGAGUAAGUUCUUCUAAAUGAGACACUGAAGGUUAAGUGUACUGAUAAUAAACGUGUGUGUGUCCUUGUGUCCUUGUGUUGUACUUUCGUUUUCUCUCAGUCUGUCAAUAAGUGACCUGAUCAAAUGACUGAGACAGAGUUUGACCCGCUAUAAAGAGGAGGUCUAGAUAAAUGUCAGGAAAGUGUGUCAGUGGUAAAACCUUAAAAAUACUUGUUUGUUAAUCUGUCUUCAGGGUGUCUCUUUAAAGGCUGUCAUAUACGGAGGCUUUGUUAAAUCAGGACUUAGAGUAUUUUGUCUUUUUUGGUCAAAUUGCGCCGUAUGUAUAAUUUAUUGUCAUUUAUCAGUUUAUUAUCCGACUAUGACCAUCUUGUUACCUGCUUCAAUGUAAAGUCUUACUCUGUUUGUAAAGGUUAUAAAUAUUAGUAUAUCACUGGAGGAAUCCACCGAUGUACUGCUUCAGUCUUCUUCUAAAUCUGACCCUCUGGCGCCAUCUGUAUUUCAGACAUGUGUCUCAGAUUAAAUAUGGGUCUUAGAGACCCCAAACCUGUCCGCAGCAGAGGAACAGGAAGUGGGGGAACAGGAACUGACAUGCUUGAAAGUAUUUUAAAUUUAGUCUGAUGUUCAGUCAGCAGCAAGACGACAUGGAAGUCACAGUUCUCUGUAUCAGGCUGAGUGAGUACAGACUUCAUCUUAUAAUUACAAAAAAGUAGAAAGUGAACAGAGAAGAAAAUAAGAUAUAUAAGUAUUAAUGAUAACACAACCUGUCAGCAAACAGAACGACUAUUUAAUCUGGUCUGAUAAUAACCUGCUUUUAAACCGUCAUUCUCAUGAACCUGUAUCUACUUUAUUGAAAAGAUUAAUUUUUCACGAAAGAACUGAAACUUUGAUAAUAAAGUAAAAUGUCAAUACUGAAGUUGUUUUUAACAUCUCUGCUCCGUAUCCUCUGCAGUAUUGACCCUGUUGUUCCUGCUGGUCGAGGACAUUUACUCUGUAAAAACCAGUAAGUCAGUCAAACACUCAAAAACAGAAAUAAAAGAUUCAUAAAAUUCAGUUUUCAUUGAUUAUUUUAAGAGUCAUCAACAUUUGAUGCUAAAACGUGUCGUGUCCGUGUUUCAGAUGGAGCUUUCCCUCGGGUUGACCCGAACCAACAGCAGUUCUUUGAAUAUGAGCCAAUAGAAAUCAGCUGUGAGGGGCUGAUGGGGUCGAGUGAAUGGAGAGUCAUGAAGAGGGUUAAAAGAAUCAUUCAGACCUGUUCUGGUGAGUGGGAGACGUCUACGGGUCCCUGCGAAAUCCAAAAUGCUGUUCCAUCCUUCGACAGCGGAGAGUACUGGUGUGAAAUCGGAGCGCAGAGGAGUAACUCGGUCAACAUCACCGUCAGUGGUACGAUAUUUAAAACAUUCAGAUAAACCUUUGGAGUCUCAGGUUUUAGAUCUGCGCAGACAGUCUUCGACAAUAACUUCAGAUAUCACCCACCACGUUAGCAUCAGGGGCGAUUGUAGCGUCACAAUUCUAGUUAAACUAAUCCACCCUAACAUGUUUAAACUUUAUUUUUACAGCUGGACCUGUGAUUCUGGAGAUUCCUGUCCUUCCUGUCGUGGAAGGAGACAAUGUGACCCUAACCUGCAGAAACAAGCUGUUGUCCUCCAACUUCACCUCACAGUUCUUCAAAGACGGCCUCCUGAUGGACAGCAGCUCUACAGGAACCAUGACCAUCCACAGCGUCUCCAGAUCGAAUGAAGGACUCUACAAAUGCAGCAUCUCUGAGGCCGGAGAGUCUCCAGAGAGCUGGCUAAAAGUCAGAGGUGAGACAACAGUGUUUGGAUAAAAUAUCCAAACUCACAGAUUUGAGACACUGAUUUCAUAUUAGCAACACACACCGCUGUCUCCCCAGGACCUCGAGAGGGUAACAAGGAUUCUGAGGAUCCAACUCUCCCCCAACAGUACCUGUUUCUGCUGCAGAUUUGUAUGGGUGUCUGUGUUUUCCUCGCGAUUUCGCUGCUGCUGGUGGGAUUUCACCGAUGUAGAAAAUGCCGUACAGGUAAAAAGAAUCAACAACCAUCUAGACUGUGAACUUUUUGGCAUUCUUUUUAAGGAACACCGUUUGACUCUGCAGACUCGUCUACAAACUUUUACAACCUUUUUAUUCAUUUUAAUUGUAUUUCAGCAGGUGGAGAAGCUUCUACUCCCCCAGUCCGGUCCGUACCAUCGCGAUGUCAACCAACAGGUCAGAACUCAAACCUCCUCCAACCCAGAGAGUUAGGAUUUCAGCUGAUGAAACAUCGUUAAGCAUCAGUGUAAUGUUGUCACUCAUUUACUGACUGACUGUAUGUAUUUAUCACGCUUCUACCACCGUCACGGUGAAGUGCUACUCUUGGAUCGAAUCAUGAAAAGGCUUCAUUUGUGUCUCUAAUUUUGCACAAUUAUCCAUUCACAUGUGUAACACGUGCCUACAGCCAUUGUUACUCGGGAUUUCCACCGCAUCCGGAACGGCUGCGUUUUUUGUCGUCCGCCAAUUCCUACCGGAUCUGUUCGUGAGGCAAAUUUUGUGGCGACUAUGGACAGCGGUAGUCGUGAGAACUCACAAGAACCCGCGGAUUCACGUGCAGUCGUUCAAUUCACAAAAAGUAGAACCCUUGAAGUCGGUGGAAUUUGACUCGUUAACUUAAAUGGUUACGAUCAGCUACGAUCGAAGGUUAGGACCUUUUCGUAGCCAUUCCGGAUGCGGUGGAAAUUAGGGGUCAUGUAGCGUUUGUUCUGCGUGUAAAAAUAAAGUGUAAAUAAGUAGUGUGGAGUAAGAAAAAACUUGGGUCUGCAUUAUCUUAUUCAAGUGAUCCACUAAGGUUAACCAAAACAUCGCCCUAACAACCGUUUCUCAACAUGACAUUAACGUGGUGUUUGAUCGGAGUUAUGUUUGCGUGUUUGAAGAGGCCUGUGCCGAUGUCUCAAUGGAGAUGACGCAUUCUUUCAACAAAGGACAAGAGAAGGAGAAGAAGAAGAAGAAAGGUAACUCUCUCACAGCCUUUAUAUGUAAACUCUAUAACUGUGUUUCAAUCCAUAACAGGAAAUAUCCUAAAAUAAGUCACUUUACCUCAGAAGUGAUUAAUUUACAUUUCACAGAUUUUUAUUUCAGUUUUAAGAACGAAUUUGUGUUUAAAUUGUGUUUUUAGUGUCUGAGGAAGACGACAGUGCAGCUGCACUAGAGAAGACUCAGUGCAGACAGCCUACGCUAUCGUCACGAAACCCAAGGAGAGGAGAGGUAACUGAUGACGAGAGAAAAAAAAAAAAACAAUAUAACUGUCACAACGUAGAUAUUUAUAUUUAUAUUUGCAAUUACCAGAACAGUGAGAACCAAUCGAUUCUUUUAUAGACCUUGUGGAUAAAUGUGAAACUAUUUUAGAAACUUGAGGCGUAGAAAUUCUUUUUUAGAAAACCACUCGAGAAAACCACGGACUAAAAACAAACAAACAAACCACAGAGUUGAUAAAUACUCUCUCUUUAAGAGAUGUGGUUGAUCACAUAUGAAUGCACAAAGGGGGUAAAGUCAGUGGCCCUCAUUUGUCAAUCUUGCGUAGAACUGAGUUCAGAACUGAGCGCAGGAUUCAUAAUACGAUAGGACACACGUGAAAUUUAUGAAAGGGUUCGUAUCUGACCGAUCCCAGCGUACGUACGAUCGGGUCUUGAUAAAUGCGGCGGCUGAAAUCGAUCGUCAUUAACACGUCCUAACAUUAACACUGUCAGGGUCCAGGGUUGAACAAGAGAAAAGGACCAUAAUGCAAAACAAAAGGAUUUAAUUUAAAAGAACUUAAUGGAAAAAAAACGACAAAAACUUUCUUCAAAAAUUUCUAACUAAAAAAACAACAACAAAAAAAAAGACACCAGGGAAAAAAACACGAGGAACAACUAUUACAAAAUAAAACAGGAACAGCUCAAGUUGUUCUUCCAUUUUCCAAAAGUUAACAGAUUGCCCGUGUUUCUUUUAACAACUUGAUUUUUAAAAACUUGAUGAUAGUGAUAAUGAUGAUAAUAAUAAUAAUUAACAUUUAGAACAAUAGACAUUGAUUGAUCUGUACUUAAAAUUUCUGUCUGCCACAGCGGAGUCUCACUUUCUGGAAUUCCAAAUAAUAAAAACUUUUGUGGAUUUGUUUUUUUUAUCUAUUAUUUUUAUUUAUUUUUUGUCACAAUAGGAAAAGAGGUCUCCAGUUUCCCCACAGGAUCAGUUCCCAGUGCAGGUACCAACCCCCUUUUGAAAGAAGACGAUCACCACUAUUAUACAGUCGAUGGAGACCGAGAGUAACACCGGUCUUCUUCUGUGUCUCACAGAUUACUGAGAGCUGACAGAAAAAAGGCUGAAGUGUCAUUUGACCGCGAGGGGUUAAAAGUCUCACAUGUUUUCAUACUUUAUCAUAAUAAACCCUCCAUUCAACUUUCAUAUGUUUCAUUUGUUUAUUUAUUUUUUUUUAAGUUUACAGAAAAUGACCUUCAUAUUUUUUUGGAAUAUAUUUAAGUCGAGCUAAAGGUGGUACGGGAAACAUGAAUUCAGGAUUGGUUGUAUGUGAUGUAUGAGUGUCCAAAGAACUUCAUGUUCAUCCAUGAAAAGUGAUUAAAAAAAUUCUAGACAUACAAAGUGAACUAUUUUAAGCGUUUUUUGUUUGAAUCUUGAUAAGUAUUUUCUUACAGAUCAAGAAAAUCACAGAUCUAUAAUCUUUAGAUAUCAGAAUAUUGAGGAAAAGUCCAGAAUCUUGUCAGUGAUGCAGAAAUGAUCAGAAUUUUCCAGAAGGUUGACAUUUCUGGAUUUUAAAUUUUUUGUUUGGAUCGGUGUAAUAUUCCAAAAUUUGAGAUUGUGGAUUUUCUACUUUCGUGAACUGUAAGACGUAUUCACAAGGGUGGUGCUGUGGUUGUGGUUCAUGGGGCUCCUCGUUGUCUUUGUUUUAUACUCCUCACAGUUGCUUCGCCCCACAGUUGCGUGUUUUGUUAAAACAUAUUCCGCUUGGUCUAGCUUGCCGUGCAGUUUGGUGUUACCUCUGCUGUAUCUGCAGAGGACAGGGAAACUGAGAGUUUGCUGUUACACCCAAGGUUAAGAUGAGUAUGGGAAAGAUAUGAGAGGGUAUAAACUGAAAAACAAUGGUCUCAAUUGUUAUCAUUUCACUUUAAUAUAUUCAUAGGUAGAUGUUUCUUUUACAUUAGCUUAAUAAAUAUGAAUUUGCAUAUCCUCGAUCAGACUAAGAAUCUCAUGAUGGACAUUAUCUUCAGAGGAUUGAGUAGUUGCAAGG